AUGAAAGGCAACCGGUAUUCUUUAUCCGGUAAACGUCUCGAUGGCCUUCUCCCUUUUAUCGAAAGCGAAAUGAUGGUGAAGGUAGAUAUUUCAAAGGAGGCAUUUUUAGAUCGCUGUGACUUCAGCGAAGCAAGCUCCCAACCUAUCGAUGUAGACUUGUUGGGAAAAGCAAGUUCUUUUGUUUCCAUCUCCGUUGCUGAAAGAAUUCGUCAUGGAACAGGGCACUGUCAAGAAGACAUAUACGCUAUUCGUUCUGGCGAAGCCCUUCGGAUCCCUGAUGCCGUUGCGUGGCCCAUCAAUGAAGAUCACCUUUGUGAAAUUGUAUCGCUGGCAAAGGCUCACCUUUGGUGUGUUAUACCUUUUGGGGGAGGAACAAACGUAUCUCAAGCUACUCGUUGUCCUCCUAUACAGGUCGAACCGCGCCCCAUUAUUUCAGUUGAUAUGACCCAGAUGAAUCGAAUCUUGUGGGUGAGCGAAGAGAAUGGACUAGCCCAUGUAGAAGCUGGGAUCACUGGCCGAGCUCUAGUUGAAGAAAUGAAUCGACGGGGAUUUACGAUUGGGCACGAACCAGAUAGCUAUGAAUUUAGUACGCUCGGUGGUUGGAUAGCAACGAAAGCCAGCGGAAUGAAAAGGAAUAAGUAUGGCAACAUAGAGGAUAUAGUCAGGGGAGUUCGAGUUGUUGGCGCGAACGGGGUCUUAGCUCAUGGAUACAAAGGAGCAAACGGAUGCGGCCGCGAAGCAGGCAGCUUUGACAUAACUUCAUUGAUCAUUGGAUCAGAAGGUUGUCUAGGUGUCAUUGGGAGCGCAGUCAUUCGUAUUUGGCGACUACCCAAGAAAAAGGACUUUGGAAGUGUUCUCUUCCCCGACUUUGAGCACGGCAUUCGUUUCACGAAAAACGUCUCAGAGCUUGGUCGAAUGAUACCUGCAAGUUGCCGCUUGCUGGACAAUGAGCAUUUUCGCUUGGGACACGCCCUUAGACCAGAGUCAGAAUCGAUUAUUGACACAGCCAAGCGAGCAAUAACUUCUUUCAUCGCAAGUAUUUCGUUUUCCUUGGACCCUAAAAAGGUUGUCUGUGCCACAAUUUUAUAUGAAGGAUCGUCAGAAGAAGUGAACAAUCAGAAAAAAGCCAUCGGAAGACUGUCUCGCAUGCAUGGAGGAGUUCAGGUCGGAGCAAGUAUUGGUCGAGCAGGGUAUGAAUUGACUUUCAUGAUCGCCUAUCUUAGGGACUUCGCUAUGUCAUAUCAUUUCCUUGGAGAGUCCUUUGAGACUUUUGUUCCUUGGUCGGGACUGUUGGCUCUUAUUACCGCCACGAAAGAGCGUAUUUUGAAGGAACACAAGGCUCGUGAUCUCCCUGGGAAGCCAUUCGUUGGUUGCAGAGUGACCCAACUAUAUCACGAAGGAGUAUGUUUGUACUUUUACUUUUGCAUGAGCUUCAAAAAUGUUGCCAGUGCAAGCGCUGUCUUUACCGAGAUUGAGCAUGCCGCUCGUGAAGAAAUCUUGGAGCACGGAGGAUUGCUCAGCCAUCAUCACGGAGUUGGAAAGGUUCGGUCAUCGUUCCUUCAAGCCAUCAACUCACCCGCCCUACAGGAAGCCGCGCUCUUGACUAAACACGCGUUUGACCCAGAGAAUAUAUUUGCUGCCCGCAAUGGUGCAUAUGCCUCUUAGGUCUGAACGUUUCAGCAAGGAUAUCCAGAAUUACCGAAUCUUGAAACAUAAACAGAAGAUUUAAAAUAUUAUCCCUUGAGGAUUAUACAAAGAUUGAACGUCGAAAAGAAACGCAUUAAUGCACUCGAGAUCUGAACAGAUGCUUGCGAGAGUGGUGCUUUCGAUUCUCGCUACUCUCAUCCGAUGACAAAUCGUCGUUGUAAUCCCUUCGUGUCGGAUUCACUUCGUUAAUUACCAUCGAACUUUCUCCUGUCUCCUUUGUUUGCAAGACUUGCUGCUGUUUGUGGACAUCUUCCAUGGGAUGGACUGUUCGUUUGUAAG